AUGUUCCUCGACCUGAUCGUCUCACAACAUCAUAUCGACCGCGCCAGAAUGAUGCUCGAGAGUCAGCAGUGCCGGGUCGCGUCGCGUUGCCCGAUGUCGCGUUGCCCGGUGUCGGGUCCGUCGAGCCCGGUGUCGGUGGGUUCCGAGUCCUGUUGCUCGAGCCCUGAAGCGAAGACGCUCGCGGAGGCUCGAGUGCGACGCCCUCUGAACGCGUUCAUCAUCUGGACCAAAGAGGAGCGUCGACGCCUCGCGCAGCUCAACCCGGAUCUGGAGAACACGGACCUCAGCAAAAUACUCGGAAAGACAUGGAAGGCCAUGUCUCUGGCAGAGAAGCGUCCUUACAUGCAAGAAGCAGAACGGCUGCGAGUCCAGCACACCAUCGACUAUCCCAACUACAAAUACCGGCCCCGUCGACGAAAGUGCAACAAGCGUGGCAUUAAAAUACCUUCAGCUGAGAACAUCAGCUCUCCACACGCUAGUUUCCAGCUGAGUUAUAUUCUUCAGGGUCAAGCCUCGCACUGGCCACGCUCGCUUCCACACACUGGGUUUCCACUGGAGAGCCACCGUGAGACGACGACACCGCAUGGAAACCUGGCGUAUCACAGCUCGUGUUUCUCGCAGACGAGCGGGCCUGAGCUCUGGGUCGGAGGACCUUCUCUGGAGUUUUACCUGGAGCAGGUGAGGUCCGACAUGCUGGACCAGCUCGACCGCAGCGAGUUCGACCAGUACCUCAAUCCUGGAGCCCAACACACUCCCAACAGAGACUCCAGUGUCGAACGCUUCCAGUGA